AUGGCCGGGGCGUGUCCCAUCGGAUGGACCGCGCUCCAUCCGGCGGGCCUCGUCUUGCCCCUGUGGCCGCGGAGGGACGCGUCCGGUGAACACGGGUCGACGGACGACCGAGAUCUACGAAAGUGCCGCACGCGGGCCGGCCGCCGCCGACGCGGGACGGGCUCGCCGAUCAUGCAGCCCUCGCGGCGCCCACCCGGGCUCGCAAGCUUAGACCGGGCCGGCCCCAAAAGUCUGCGGGAACCUGCGCUCCGGAAUAGUCCGACUCGCCAGCUGCCCACUCCCCAGGAAAACUCGCUCAGAACCACACAACCACAGAAAAGCAGCGAGAUGGACCCAGAACCAGCUGGCGAGCAACGCCCAUCCCUCGAGGAGCAGGCUGCCCUCUACCAUGCCCACCGGUCGACGAGGAUGCGCACCCAGCAGACCUGGUUCCUCAUCCACCAGCACUGGUUCGCCCGCUGGGCAGCAGCAGCCGGGGUCCAGCAGCCCGCAGACGAGCCGCCGCAAGAACCAUCACCAGAAACACCCCUCCCGCCCAUCGACAACUCGGCCCUCCUCGACCACAGCCACCAGCUGCGCUUCGGGAUCUCCAUCGGAAUCGACUGCGAAAUCCUGCCCGAGGAGUUCUGGAACCUGCUCGUCGGAUGGUACGGCCUCAAGCACCCCUCCCAUGCGAUCCCCCGCGCCGUCAUCGCCCCCAGCGGGCCCUCGAGCGAAUCCGUCGAGUUCUAUCCCCCCGACUUCGUCUUCCACCUCCUCCUGCCCACCGCGACCCUCGACGAGCUCGAGCCGGACCAAUACGACCUCGCGCUGCUCAGGAGCCUGUCCCCGCUGGUCGUCCAGAAGAAGUUCUCGAUCGCGUGCUCGCUCGGCGACCUGAAGCAGGACCUGGCCACCAGCCUGUUCCCCGCCGGCCUGCUCGACCCCCCGAUCAAGCUCUGGGCCGUCCACAGCCCGCCCCCCCGCCCCAACCAGCUCAUCAUCUCUGCCGCCGAGUUCGAAGCCAUCGAGAGCCAGCUCGUCGACCCCGCAUCCGGAGACGCCGCCGACCUCAACGAGGCCCUCCUCACCGACCCCGUCAACGUGCUCGCUGUCGAACUCCAGGACGCUGACGGUAGAUGGCUCAUCACGCCCAACAAGAACAAGCUCCAACCGCCUGCCACGCCCCCGCAGCUCGACGACGACCACUCUUCGUCUGCUCCCGAGCCCGUCUUCGGCGGCCAGGAGUGGCUCGAUCGGAUGGAAAAAAUGAACCAGUCUAACCUCCUCGACCCCAAGUUCUCUCUCACCUCUCCCAACUCCGACCUCAGCCUCGUCGCCUUUGCUUCCGCUCAGGGCGCGCUCAAAACCCGCGGGAUCAGAGGUUUGGUAGGACUGACUAACUUGGGUAACACAUGCUUCAUGAACUCGGCAUUACAAUGUUUGAGUAACUGCCCCGAGCUGAAGAAUUAUUUCUUGUCGCGGGUGUACAUCAACGAGCUCAACAGGACCAACCCGUUGGGGAUGGGAGGGAAAGUAGCCGAGACGUUUGGGCAACUGAUUGAGCGGAUGUGGUCGAGCGAGUACGAGGUGAAGAAUGGGCGGACGAACGGGACGGGAGGGAUGAUGAACUACGGCGGCUCCUCAUCGCACCAUUCGGUGUCUCCACGGGAGUUCAAGUCGAUCGUCGGCCGGUUCAACUCGCUCUUCCUCGGCUACGGCCAACAGGACUCACAGGAACUGCUCACCUUCCUCCUCGACGCCCUCCACGAAGAUCUCAACCGCGUCAAGGUCAAGCCCUUUGACGAAAUCCCCGACUACGACGACUCCAACAACUCCACAAACGAUCCCCAGGCUGAGGCCAAGAAAAUCCUGAAACUCGCCAAGACGUGUUGGAACCUCUAUCGCAGACGCAACGAUUCCGUCAUCGUCGAUCUCUUUCAGGGCCAGUACAAAUCCACGCUCAUCUGUCCUGAUUGCAACAAAGUGGCCAUCAAGUUCGAUGAAAUCAUGUACCUCACCCUCCAGCUACCGAUCAACAAAAAAUUCAAGGGCACGAUCUACUUCGUGCCCCUGGACUCCACAAAACCGCGCAUCAAGGUCGUCUACCAGUUGAACAAAGACUCGACUAUCCGCCAGUUGAAGCAGCAUAUUGGGCGCAUCUUGAGUGCUGAUCCCGAUCGAAUGGCUGCUGUUGAGGACUGGUCGGGUAAACCGUGGAAGAUUUGGCAAGAUACGGAUUCGCUAGAGGGGGUCAUGGAGCGAGAUAUCAUCAAUCUGUUCGAGACCCCGCUCCCGUUCGCCGCGCUGAACUCGGGCGUCUAUCACACAAAUGGGUCGGAGGAGGAGGCGGAUCUGUUGAUCCCGGUGGUCUCGUACCGGCCGGCAGAGCGGGUGAACGUGGGCAGCAGCAGUAUGAGCAUGCACAAGCCGUCGCACUCGGCCUUUGGGGUCUUUUUUGUCGCGCGGAUCUCGCCGAAGGAGCGGCUGAGUGUGCAGACGGUGUACGAUGCGGUUGUGCGGGAAUAUGCCCGGUAUACAACUCAAGCCGACGAGCUGUUUGAGGCGGCCGCCGACGCGGCGGACGAGGACGUGGAGAUGAAGGACGCCGGCGCCGAGCCGGAGCCCGCCUCCUCUUCCGCCCCCCUCCGACACGCCGUGCCCAACCUUUUCAAGAUCACUGUCCCUAAAACUCCCACCCCUGCCGUCUUCCCUACCUCCAACGCGAUGGGAAACGCGACGAUCGAGAUCGAGGAGCGCGUCAAGCUCAUCGCGGCCAAGAGCCCGCCAGUCGGACCGGUUCUUCCCGCGCCCAGUGCCGCUGAAGAUGCGACCAGGUCCAAUGGGCCUGUGUUCGAAACAGACGAGAACGAGGACCUGUACGAAGACAAGGCGACCGCUCCCCAGGCGGCUCCUGCAUCCUCCGCCUCGCCCUCCCCCCCGGGCCCGGUGGUCUUCCAGGGCGACUACUUCGAAUGCGAAUGGACGCCUUCUGCGAUGGGCCACUUCUUCGGCCUGGACAAGAGUCUCCCUCGCUCGAAGAACUGGUUAGACCCGCCGCUGGUCGAGGACCCUGAACUAGUGGCCUCCCGUGUGGCCGAGCAGGAGAACAACAAGAAGCCGGGCGAGCUGACGAUCGAGGAGUGUUUCAAGGACUUCUCGAAACCCGAGAAGCUCGGCGAAGACGAUAAAUGGUAUUGUCCGCGAUGCAAGAACCAUGUCCAGGCCACCAAACAGAUGCAGAUCUGGAAGGUCCCCGAUAUCCUCGUCGUCCAUUUCAAGCGCUUCAGCUCCGCGAGAACCGGUUACGGCCGCUCGUCGAAAGUCGAUAAUUUCGUCGACUUCCCCAUCCAGGGCCUCGACCUCUCGAACGAGGUCGAGGGGAUCAAAGUCGUCCGCGAACUUAAGAAACAUAAACGGAACCUCAGGAGGCGGCCCCCUGGGGAUGCCGAUGUCCCACAGAUCCUUGUCGACUCUUCGGCGAAUCAGCCCGGCUCGUCGGGCCUUGCUGACGAUAAGAACGCCGGUAACGACAACGACGAUGCGAUCCAGGAAGACCAGCAAAGCGACGAGCUGAUUCCUGGCUCCGCCCGCCAACCAGACGAUGAUCCCAAGCAGGACCCAAAGGAGACUGCCACUGCUGCGACUUCUGAGGAAGAGGGGAACGACGACGGCCACGACGACGACGAGGAGGAUGAGGAAGAGGAGGAGAGCUUGAUCUACGAUCUGUUUGCCGUCGAUAACCACUUCGGGGGCUUAGGUGGAGGCCAUUACACCGCGUUUGCUAAAAAUGAAGAAGACGGAAAAUGGCACAACUACGAUGACUCGCACGUUACGGAAGUCAGUUCGCCGGAAAAAGUGAAGAGCUCGGCGGCUUAUCUGCUCUUCUAUCGCCGAAGGACAAGCCGGAAGCUCGGGCUCAAAACCCAUGGGAUCGUCAGUUCGGCGAUGCAGUCACGGGACAUCUCAGUGGUUCCCAGUGUAGCGAAUUCUACUGGGGGCAGCGGAGGAGACGAGGGCGGGGAAGGCGAAGGGAGCGGGAGCAGCGCGGGGGGGCGCAAGAAGGCCGUGCAUGAGGACGGGUCUUCAGGCUCGAGCCCGGGGCCGAUCCGCCGCCGCCGGGUGUUCUCGUCGGGCGACGAGGCCGGCGAUGAUGACGACGGGAUGGGCUCGUCGGUGGGCGCGGCGGCGGACAGGGACAGCGGGUCGGUGCGCUCCGAGGCCGGGCUCGACGACAUCCAUGCCGGCCCUGCCUCCCGCCCCCUCUCUCCCAUCUCCGAAACCCUCUCCUUCUCGCUACAUGCUACCCGCGAGCCGGCUCGCUCUCACCCGCCAAAUAGCUAG